AUGCAAUGGAGUACGAUUAAAGAAAAUCCUACUCCUCUCUCUGCCUUUCCACGACUUCUUGAAGCUCCAAUUUGGCUUGAUCGGCGCCGGCCUCGUCACGAACGUGACUCCUGUUUCGGGAACUUCCUGGAACUUGGACUUCGACCGCCCAAAGUCCAUCGGGCCGCCAAAUCUUCCGGGUCCCCCCGGUCCGCCUUGCCACCGGCGGAAGAGGAUGAACAAUCCAGCGAAGGCGAUGAAAGGGAAGAGGAGAUUCCCGAUGAAACUGAACUGCCCGUUUCCGGAAUCACCCUCGGAGACCGAAAUAUCUACGCCGUUCAUCGCUAA